AUGGAAAGCAAGAGCACAGAUGGAAAGCAAGAGCACAGAUGGAAAGCAAGAGCACAGAUGGAAAGCAAGAGCACAGAUGGAAAGCAAGAGCACAGAUGGAAAGCAAGAGCACAGAUGGAAAGCAAGAGCACAGAUGGAAAGCAAGAGCACAGAUGGAAAGCAAGAGCACAGAUGGAAAGCAAGAGCACAGAUGGAAAGCAAGAGCACAGAUGGAAAGCAAGAGCACAGAUGGAAAGCAAGAGCACAGAUGGAAAGCAAGAGCACAGAUGGAAAGCAAGAGCACAGAUGGAAAGCAAGAGCACAGAUGGAAAGCAAGAGCACAGAUGGAAAGCAAGAGCACAGAUGGAAAGCAAGAGCACAGAUGGAAAGCAAGAGCACAGAUGGAAAGCAAGAGCACAGAUGGAAAGCAAGAGCACAGAUGGAAAGCAAGAGCACAGAUGGAAAGCAAGAGCACAGAUGGAAAGCAAGAGCACAGAUGGAAAGCAAGAGCACAGAUGGAAAGCAAGAGCACAGAUGGAAAGCAAGAGCACAGAUGGAAAGCAAGAGCACAGAUGGAAAGCAAGAGCACAGAUGGAAAGCAAGAGCACAGAUGGAAAAACAGAAGCCACUGAUCUCAAUCCUGCACCUCUAUUGCCUGCAGCUGAAACAGAGCUGUCCCUGGCAGGUUACAAUGAACUUUUUAUUGAAGUGUUUGCACUGAAGAAACCGUUAUCUCCAAAAGUGAACACCAGAUCAACCGUUUCACUCCUCUGCUCUCAGACCCACACACAGAUCGGCUCCCACCAUCAGCAACCAUCAAAUGCCAUGUGGUAA